AUGACAAUCACAGAAGAUCCAACAGGAUUCAGCAAAUCCUUUAUAGCACACUUUAAUGACAAUGACAAGACAGAAUUCUUUUUUCACAAACUCACAUUAGCCGAUCAACAAAUCAUAAAUGUCCAAAUGGACGGCGUAAUGGACACAACAUUUGACAUACCCAUGACAACCCAGGCAAGUAUAAAUUAUGCCAGUUCAAUGGAGAUAGACGGUAACACACUAGGCGUUCCUGAGCCUGUUCUUAUGAUUGGUGAUCAUGCCAAUAUGAAAAUUCUGAUUGUCGCCAGCCAGAUUGCCAAAUUAAUUGCCUUACGAAGUCCGCGUCAUACUUGUUUGUCAAUUGGAUCUAGAUGGUUUGGAACCGGAGAUGAAGUUCAGGAUGGUGAUUUCGAAAAGUUGAUGUUUAUAAUAGAGAACAUAAAGAAGCUUUUAUAA